GUCUUUUAGGUCAGGUAACACCAGCACCUGAAAGUUGAUUUCUAAAACUUGCAAAGAUCAGAAACAGAACGGAUUCACCUUGUCAACUUUCAACAUGUAACCCAAAGAAGGGCGAUUUUUGAAUACGGAUAAAUAAAUAAAAAAUGUCGUCGAGCGCGGGAGCUAGCCUCCCUCAUCGUACUGUAUCCAGUAUACGUGCUGGCGACCGUUCGUCAGUUCAAGCGCUACCAAGUAUACCUCAUACACCUCCGAGAACCAUUGUCCCCUCAUCCUUCGGAUCGCCGUCUACCUUGCGCGCCGAUGAUGAAAUAAUUGUCAUCGAAUUAGGAUCGCGAAAACUGCGUAUCGGCUUUGCUGGCGACCCUGCUCCUAAGAAGAUUGUGUCGUUUGGCCCAGAGCAGCAGAGACGCGCCGGAGAUUUUAGAGCUUGGGAUGUUGGCUAUCAGGCUGACUGGCGCAAGAGGGCGUCCGGAAAGCCGUGGGGAGCCGAUCAUGAAUUGUGGCAACUGGAUGUGAGGGGCCAAGACUUGGCUUUAAUCGGAGAUAAACUUGAGCGCGAGCUUAGGGAUGCUUUCACCAAGUAUUUACUCAUCGAUUCCCGACCGAGAAGAGUAACAUUAGUCUUACCACCGACACUUCCUAUACCACUUAUCUCCUCAGUUUUCGACACCGUUUUUAACCGUUUCCAAGCUCCUUCCAUAUCUCUUCUCUCAUCCCCAGUCAUGUCCGCUAUGGCCGCGGGUACUCGAUCAGCUUUAGUCAUUGAUAUCGGCUGGCACGAGACAACGAUUACUGCUGUCUAUGAGUAUAGAGAAGUCCGUACUUGGAGGACUGUCAGAGCUGGCAAGUUAUUGGUGGAAGAGACGUACGAAUUCCUGACCAAUUCUAUCCGUGGACGACCAGGCACGGCACGUACCGAGCGCCCGGAGGACAAAUUGGAGGACCAUGCUGUAAGCUUCGAAGAAUGCGAAGAAUUCGCAACUCGUAUGCUCUGGUGUAGAAGAGCUCCAGGACAACUAGCACAAGACACCCCCGAAGGGUUGGCUACACUUCACGAACAGGACGAAACGGAAACAGUAGCGCCAUCAGAAGACAAUUCUCCUAUGACGGUUACCCUCAACUCUUGCAAGCCACCGAAGACGGUGGAAAUUCCGUUUGCGGAGCUAGCCGAACCAUGCGAGGCCGUCUUUUUCGAACCGCACCUUUCCCCUUGUUGCUUCGACGAUCACGAGAUUCCCGUGCAUCUACUAGCCUAUAGAGCUCUUCUACAACUACCAUUGGAUGUUCGCGCAAUUUGCAUGUCGCGUAUUAUUUUCACGGGCGGUUGCUCCCACAUUAUUGGCCUGAAGGGGCGUAUCUUCGACGAAGUUUCUACGCUGGCUAAAGAGCAUGGUUGGGAUCCUAUUCGAGGGAAAGGGGUCGACCAGUAUAAGACGAACUCAAAACUACGUCGGAACGGCAGUCGUCAAUCUAGCGAAGGACCCACUCCUGUGCUUCAAGCCGAAAGUAGCAAUACGGAAGGGGGAGAGACGGCACCGCCUGUUAACCCGGCACAUGCGCCUCCCGAGGCUGAUCAAGUAGAAGAAUCGGUCCAGAAAGAUAGAACCAACUACAGGCCAAUUGUACAAGGAACGCUUCGGGUCCUAGAUUCGAUAGGUCCUUGGUGCGGAGCCAGCAUGGCAACGCAGCUUAAAAUUCCAGCCUUAGCUACGAUUGAUCGCGAGCUCUGGCUUCAACAAGGGGUCAAUGGUGCAUGUCGACCCAGUGAAGUUGACGUCAAGGCACAACAGAGGCAGAGUAUGGGCGCGGGUGGUCUGAUUAGAGGCCAGGCCUCCCAAGCCAAUAACAACUGGACUCUGGGAGUAUGGGGUUCUAUCAUUUAAGGGGUACGAGGUUCUUGUAUUUUUCCGAAUAACGAGGGAUGAUGAAAGGGGGACUUACGAGUUUUGGUUGUAGAGAUACCCUGUCACAUAUUAUUCAAGCCAUUGGGACCUUUAGAGAAGACUUUUGUUAAAACCUGAUCCCUUCCCCAUUCUGCGACUUGACAUACACAGGUAUAUUGAAUAUCUGGGCAUCUAGGGGUGAUUCCUAUUCCGUAUAUACCCGUUAGCCUGCACCUACCUUAUGAACCUAACCUAGGUAAUAUAUGGCACGGCAUUCACGACACAGCAUGUGGUCCGGGGAUGUGGAUGUGGAGAG